AUGACGGUACUGCAUUCAUGGCGGCUCAGUGAGCCUCCUCUUACUCCAUGGGUGAUCUUAACACCAUCGGGGCAAGUGUGUUCGGCCGACUGCACCUGUAUGGCCGGCGUAGCAGAGGCGUGCACCCACACUGGAGCCCUGCUCUUCAUGGUCGAUGCCUGUGUCCGGCUAAAAGGAGAAGGCCACAGGAGAGUCACAGCCUCCUCGAUGCAUAGCGUCUAUGGAACAGAGCUCAGUUCUCCAGCACUCUCCAUCGUAAAGAGGGUGUGUUACCCAUCUCGUGGGCCAGGAACAGCUGCCACCAGUUGGGGAAUCAGACACGAGGAGACAGCGAGGCAGGUAGCAGCCUCACCAGAUGCCAUUGAAACCUACACCUGUUGUGAUAAAGGCUGCGUUGAGCUCCAGAUAGUGCUUUUUGGAAUGCACGACUACAAAAGGCACAGGACUUCUUUGUGUAGGUGGCUCUUCCUUGAACUUGCUGUGCAAUAUUUCACUAUCCCACCUACCUCUCAACCAUCAUCUGGUCACAGUGUGCUACGGGAACUACAGCAGCCACAGCCACAACAAGUAGUGAGUGUUCAGAGUAUUGUUCUUCUGGGAAAGAGUGUGUCAGAAAACAGUAUCGUGGGAAACGUCAUAUUAAAACGAGAAGCGUUUGACGGUAAAGCUCCUCCAGAUGUUGUAGAGAGAGUCGGAGGAAGACUGAAGGACAGAUAUAUGAUGGUCAUCAACAAUCCUCAGCUGCUCCAGACAUACAUCUCAAAUCAUCAGAUCACACAGACCGUGAAACAGUGUGUGCAUCUGUCUGAUCCAGGACCACAUGCAUUUAUAAUCAUACUGCAGUAUAAAGAUUUCACUGAGGAGGACAUGAGACGAGUGAAACAAGUGCUGGAAGAAUUCGGCGAAGAAGCAAUUACACGAACCAUAAUGAUAACGACUGAUGAAGAGACGUGUGGUGUUAGGGGUGCACCUGUGAAAGUGAAUGAAUUCAUUCAUCAGUUAGCUGUAGAGUGCGGAGGAGGACAUGUUCAGCUAAGAGGAAAACCCGAAUGGCACUCUGAGAUAUUCAAAAGGUUAGAAAAUAUACUGAAGAAAAGCUUUCUUGUACGUCAAAUGCAUAUGGAUACAGAAGGAGCAUCAUUGGAUGAAAAAAAGAGCAGAUCUGGAAGUUCAGUCAAAGUCGAGAAUGAAGAGGAAGAUUCUGAUGGAGAGGAUGAUGGUGAGGCCACUAGUACUUUAACCUUGUUCGGACACUAUAGGUUACUGGAGAUCGGUGGCAGAUACAACAUCUUUGGAAGCACAGAUGUCAACAGGAAACAAAAGCUGAACUUGGUGUUGUGUGGAAGUGAUGAAACACUGAAGAAAUACAUAUCCAAGAUUAUAAGAGGGAAAAAGAAACUGCUCCACCUCUCAUACCAGAGAAAGAGAAAUAAAGAAUGUGUGAGGAGAGACGUGGAGCUUCAUGGACGCUUGAUCAGUCUGGUGGCGCUUCCAGCUCUGUUCAAAACUCCGCUCUCAGAAGAGGAAGUGAUGUGUCAGACUCUCCGCUGUGUGUCUCUCUGUGAUCCUGGAGUUCAUGUUUUCCUCCUCGUUAUUCCUAAUACUCCACUUUCUAAUGAAGACAAAGCAGAAAUGGACAAGAUCCAGAGGAUUUUCAGCUCAAGAAUCAACAAUCACCUCAUGGUUCUCAUAAACCAAGAGAAAAAAAUGAAUAACAAACCAAAUAUGUUACAUACUUCCAUUGCUAAUUUGUCUAAUAAGACAUGUCAAGGUCGAUAUUUUGUUUUGGAGAACAACUCACAAGUUCCAGCUAUGUUGCAGGAGGUGGAGACAAUGGUAAAAAUGAACAAUGGAAGUUGCUACACAACCUUCAUGUGCCUUCAGGCUCAAGUUGAAUUGGAAAGAAACAAAUACACUGCUGAAAUAGAAGAACUGAAAAGAUCUGUGAUGAAAACUCAAUCAGCAGCAGCAGGUGUAACACAAGCUGAUGAUGAUGGUGAUCUGAGGAUUGUGCUGCUGGGAAAAACAGGUGUUGGGAAAAGUGCGACAGGAAACACCAUACUGAGAAGGGAGGCUUUUACGUCAAAGUUAGCUUCACGGUCAGUGACCAGAGAGUGCCAGAAAGAAACUACUGAGUUCAACAAAAGACAGAUAACUGUGAUUGACACCCCAGGCCUGUUUGAUACUGUGGUUGAUAAUGCUGAGACCGGGAGGGAGAUUGUAAAGUGCGUCUCAAUGGCAGCUCCUGGUCCACAUGUGUUUCUGCUGGUGAUUCCAUUGGGACGAUUUACCAGAGAGGAGAAGGAUGCAGUAAAGAUGAUCCAGGAGAUGUUUGGUUAUAAAUCCAGAAUGUACACCAUGGUGCUUUUCACCAGAGGAGAUGAUCUCAGAGGAACAAGUGUUGAAGAAUUUAUUGAAGAUGAUGGUAGCUUAAAGAACCUUGUCCAGCAAUGUGGAAAGAGAUACCAUGUGUUCAAUAACACAAAGAAUACAGAGACGCAGGUUUCUGAGCUGCUGGAUAAGAUUGACUGUAUGGUGGCAGUCAAUGAAAGGAGCUUCUACACCAAUGAGAUGUUUCAGCAGGUGGAGAAGAACAUUAGAGAAGAACAAGAGAGAAUACUGAAAGAAAAAGAAGAAGAGAUCAAGAGAAAACAAGAAGAGCUGAGAGCCACAUAUGAAGAAGAAAUAGAGCAAAUCAAGAAAGAAAAUGAGAGAGAAAGGCAAGAAAUGCAGAAUGGACUGAGAAAAAAUGAAGAGGAGUUUAAAAAGAAAGAAGAAGAAAUCAAGAAAGAAACUGAUGAGGGUCUACAAGAAGAGCUGAAGAGAAAACUGGAAGAACAGCAGACACGAUUUGAGCAAGAAAAUAAAAGAAAAGAAAAAGCUUUAGAAGAACAGCAACAGAACAUCAUAAAAUAUCUGGAAGAAAAACAUGAGAAAGAAAAACACAAGCUCCAGGAGAAAAUUCAACAUGAAACAAGGGAACAAGCAGAGUGUGAAUUUAGUGAAAAGCUUCAAUCAGAAGUUGCUAAAGUUCUACAAGAUUUUGAAGCAAAAGUACCAUAUAGAUCAAGACGAGCUCGUGACUGGAGUAAAUAUGUUCCCGUUAUUGGAGGAGCUCUUGGAAGCUUUGCUGGCUCUUUUGAAGACAUUGCACGUUCGUUUAUCAAUUUACAUUAUAAACGUAAAGCUCAAAAUCAAACUGAGUCAUGAGUUCAGGUAAAUUGGGGGAAAUCAUCUAGAGCCACAUUAAGAUGCCAAUUACCAUAUUUUCCGCACUAUAAGGCGCACCUUCAAUGAAUGGCCUAUUUUAGAACUGUUUUCAUAUAUAGGGCGCACAGGAUUAUAAAGCGCAUAGAAUAGAAGAUACUGCAGUCAAACGUUUGACUGGGUUUGCGUUAUGCAUCCACUAGAUGGAGCUGUGCUAAAGGGAAUGUCAACAUUUCGACAGAGCGCCUUGGUCCAUAUAUAAGGCGCUCCGGAUUAUA